AAGGCGCAAAACAAGAUGCGCAGGCGCAUCGCCGCGGCCGAGCUGGGCUGGAGUAGCUGCGUCGGAACAGUAGUCAUGGGGGCCUUGGGGAAGACGGUUGUGCUUCUGUUAGUGGCUGCGACUGCCGUAGUGUGUACACCGUUCGUAAACGAUCUAGCACCCGGACAAGAAUGGCCAGCGCGUAACUCAGUAAGACAGCCCAAUUUCGGCGAGUCACAAACCGAGGCAGUGCAAGAAGAGUUCUCCACUGACGACCCUACCAGCGAAAUCACAGAUGAUGCCGUCAUUAUUGGUAAAGCCAUCCAACCCAAAACAGAUAUACAGCGAGUAGAUUACUCCGGUGCGCAAAUUUGGAAAGUGUCCACGGAAAAAUCUGGCAGCCGAGCCGUUAUUUCAAGACUGCGAAGAAGGAACCUUAUCUCGACAUGGGGCGGCAAUCAGUAUUCAAUCGACAUACUCGUGAAGUCAGACUUCGUAAGAAACGUCACGCGGGUAUUCGAAAGGGAGAACAUUCAGUAUGAAGUUGUCAUAUUAGACUUGCAAAAGAACAUCAACGAUGAAAAUCCUCCUCUGGACGAAAACGAACUGGGAUUGCAAGACAGACGAGGUCAUCGCAUGACGUGGAAACAGUACCAUAGAUUGGAAGACAUCCACGGCUUUUUGGAUUACUUGGCUAAAACUUAUCCGUCCAUCGCUACAGUCACAACUAUAGGAAAAUCUCAUGAAGGCCGCGAUCUUAAGGUAAUACGAUUGUCUGAUGGUAAACCCACAAAUAAAGCGGUGUUUAUCGACGGAGGCAUCCAUGCCCGAGAAUGGAUCAGCCCUGCAACUGUCACUUACUUUAUCAACCAGUUCGCUGAGAACUUUGACGUCGAAUCAGAUGACAUAAAGAAUAUAGAUUGGUACUUCCUGCCUGUUGUCAAUCCUGAUGGUUAUGAAUACACACACACGGUUGAUCGGUUGUGGAGAAAGAAUAGGAAACCAUACUUAGGAACCAGACAAUGCACUGGAACUGAUCUCAACAGAAACUUCGGAUACCGAUGGGGCGGCAAAGGUUCAUCAAGUUAUCCAUGCAGUGAAAUUUUCCGAGGAACCAGGGCAUUUUCCGAACCAGAAACACAAGCAAUAAACAACUUCGUCACGAAGAGCGCAAAGAACUUCACCGCGUACAUAACUUACCACAGCUAUGGGCAAUAUUUAUUGUACCCGUGGGGUUACGACAACGCGUUGCCGCCGGAUUACAAAGACCUGGAUGCUCUUGGCAAGAGUAUGGCUGAGGCCAUAUCACAGGCAGGUGGUUCCAAAUACCAAGUCGGUUCAUCAAGCGGUCUUCUGUAUCCGGCCGCAGGCGGUUCUGACGACUGGGCGAAGUCUCAAGGCAUCAAAUAUACAUUCACAAUCGAGCUGAACGACACUGGACGAUAUGGCUUCGUACUACCCACCACCCAUAUCGAACCGGUGGCGCGAGAGAACCUUGCAGGACUGAGAGUGUUGGCAAAUCAAUUGAUGAAAUAAGAUGCCAUCUGAUUAAUAUUUAUAAUGUAUUUUAAGAUAAAUUAAUUUAGGUGAUAAGCGUAAGACAGAAAAAGACUGUCUAUAUGUAAGGAUUUAAAUAAAUUGAUAUGAAAAAUUUA